CUUUUCCGUAAACAAUUCAAAUGCGAUCGUUUUGGAGUUGCACUUAGAUAAAUACUAUCAAGAGAUUGUUAAAGUUCGCCAUUACCUUUUUGAUGUAUUUUAAAUUGCUGUCUGUGUUUACCUGUUUAGCAGCAUGCCAUUGUUUGAUCGGAAAGGAUGAGACAAAUGAGAACCAUUGUGGUCUUCUGAAGCAGUGGCUUGAAUCCACAUCAGUGUCAGUGGAGACUGGUAAAAAGGGUUUCCACAGAGAGGUGAUAACCACUGUUGAGCUCAGCCCUGAUGUGCUCAGUGGUGUCAGAGUUUUGCUGGUUUAUAGAUGGCCCAGAGGUGUCUACGUUGAUCCAUACCAACUUGCCUCUCUGAGAGAUCAAAGUGAUUGGCAGAUAUUACUAGAUUCAGCCAUUGACCUAGAGAUACCUGCUCACAAGACUUCAGGAUUUGUCACCUAUGUGUAUCCCACCCCUGAUGAUCCAACGCCCAGACUUAUAAAAGUAACAAUUCCAAUACAUGGUCGCUACCACGAGCCCUCUUCUGUUGGGAAAACAUUUACAUCUGUCGACAUACAACCUCCAGAGCUGCUGCUGCGGACUGAAAAAUGUAUGCAGCUCAGCAACUUACAGCCUCACACAGUCGUGGAUGCCCCUUGCACUGCCGACAAUUCAAGCACAUGUCCAUGGGUUAGAAUCCAGCAUCAGCAGGAGCAUGGCCCCAUGAGUUUACAGUUCCCAGUCGGUGACGGGUCUCUGGUGAUACUUGUAUGUGGUGGAACUCUUCUAAUCACAAUGAUCUGCUGUGUGGCACUGUCCAAAUACAUGUGGAAAUAUAAAAUUAUUUAGUGUAGCAUACCUUGUGCUUAACAAUUCAUGAUCUUAUGAUGCACUGAACAUCUUCUAUGGUGACACACAAGGAAAACAGGAUUCAUAAUUGGAGAGGUUCCAGGUUUUAAUCCAGAUAACAUAGUUAACCCACUUCUUGAAACAGGCCUCAGUUAUGGUGGGUAUGUUUGUUAUGGUUAGUCCUCUACUUUUUGUACAAGAUUUCCGCCGAUUAUAAUCUUGUCUCAGAAAGAUGAACAUAGCCCAGGGCAUACUGGAAGAUGGCAUUUGUUUAUUUACUCAGGCUGAAACAAUUAAAGAAUGUGUUGUGUCCACCAAUCAUGUUCGUAGGAAGCUCUUUAUCUUAAGUGACAUAACUUUUUUUUUUUUUUUUAAAUCCUUUAUUUUGAGAC